UCCGCCACCUUUCCCCGCCGCGGCGCUGGCCUCCGCACGCAGCCCCGCGAGGCAGCACAGCGGCAGCCAGGCUCAGCUCCCAGCUUCCUGGAGCCCAAUGGCUCCUGCCUGCGUCCUCGGCGUCUGCAGCCUCCUGUGGACCUGGGCGGCCGUGACAGGACACCUGUGCAGCAUCGACAGCCAGGGAUGGGCCAACUGCAAUGGGAAGAGCCUUCUAUAUGCUCCAAGUUCCCUUCCGAGAAACAUCACCAGUUUGGACCUCUCCUUCAACUCCUUGGUCAUGCCCAGUCAUGGGACACUUUUGAUGCAUUUUCCUUCCCUGCGCUCCUUAAAUCUCUCUAGCAAUGCUUUGCUCACGUUGUAUCCAGCAAUAUUCUCCAACCUCGGUGCACUACGCCUGCUGGACGUGAGCAGCUGCAGCAUCUCCUACCUCCACACAGAAGCUUUCAAGGGCUUAGCAAACUUGCACACACUGCUCCUAAAAAACAACAAUCUCCAAGAGCUAGAGGUCUCUCUCUUCCUGCCCCUUGGGGCUCUUUUCCACCUGGACCUGCAGAACAACGCACUGAUCUCUAUGGACACUUUAGUCCUGCGGCUGACGGAGGCAGUCCCACAGGUCCAGCUUGAAGGGAACCCCUGGGUCUGUGACUGCACCGCGUAUCCUUUGCAGCAGUGGCUCCAGCAUAGAAAAGCUGUGCAGGUCACCUGCGCAUCGCCUCCAGAGCUGUGGGGGCAGGACAUCACAGCUCUGGAUUUCCAGGACCUGGGCUGCAAGAAAAAGCAGCGGUUUCCUCGGGCUGACAACAUGACACUGCCACUGAUCACAGCGACUCAGAACACCACCACACCACCUGCAGGAAAGGGGGGAAGGAGCUGGCCAUACCUGGUGGGCUUCCUGGUGGCAGCCAUCAGCAUCUCCAUCCUGGUCGCACUGGCUGGCAAAUGCAAGCUCUUCCACAAGAACUUUGCUAGCUACCGCCACCGGCCGCUGCCCGACACCAGCUCAAUUGCAGGCAGCCACAUGGAGGAGGGCACCAGCUGGGACAGGGACACCUCAGGCCGGGGGGACAGCGAGAGCCACCCCAUGCCUGGUGCAGCUGGCUUGCACACUGAGGAUGACGAUGGCUUCAUUGAGGACAACUACAUUCAGCCAAGUGAGCAGAUGCAAGAGGAAGAAGAAGAAAGGCAGUCACACCUUUCCAUCUGAGACCACAUGCCAACCACCUCCACUGCAGGGUCUCCAGCCCCUGCCCUGUCCCCUUUCCACCCCCAAAAUCUCCACUUCCUUUCUCCAUUUUCCACCUUCCCUUGGACGCUGGCCCCAUGGCCUAAGUUGGCAGCAGGAAAAAAGGAGUGGAGAGGAGCAAUGAGAAGAGAUCAGCUGGGAACGGGGAGAGAAGCCGAAGGCGCCUGGCCCUGUGGUGGCACAAACAGCAAGAGCUGCCAGGCCCCCGCAGCCUCCCGGUGUGACUCCAGUGGAGCUGUGUUGGCACUGGGAGACACCAGACCCCCUUCUCCUCUCCCAGGCUUGCUCAAAUGCUGAAGAUGAAUGAGACGGUGCUGAUUGCAGCCCAAGUGGCCUGGCAGGGUGGGAGGACGAGGCUCAGGGUGCCUGCCCUGGUGCUUCCUUUGGGGUCUUAGGCACUGGCCCCACUGCCCUGCAGCGCUUGGCCUGGCCAUGCUCUGUGCCCCACUCUCUUGUCACUCUGGGGUGACUCUGUUGUCACUCUGGGAUGUGAUUAAAGUGUGAUUUAACCCCCCACUUCUGCUUGCAAUGGUUUCUUGGGGCCCAGGCCCUCCCAGUAGUGGUGCCAAGAUGAGCCUCCUGAGCUCCACAGCUGGCCCGGGGGUGUGUGGGGCAGCCUGGCAAGGGCCUCCAGCUUUGUCCUGGCAUGGGGGGCUGUGCCAGGCCAGCAUCAACAGGGGCUUUGCCAGGUCUUCCAGCAGAUGAGAACUGUUUAUCUUGCUUUCCCUCUCCUGUGAUAGGGACACGGUGUUAUCUCAUUGUUAAUCUCUGAUUAAAUGUUUGAAGCAUCACUGCUGGUUAAAUUUGUGUUUGACAAAAUCUUCCCAGUCCACAGGAGGAAAGUUUAGGGUUGUAGCAGAUAGCAUUGGUUAAUCCUUAAUUAUUUGACUAGAAUUUGUGUAGUUUUAGUGAUAGUCAAUCUUUUUGUAUUCCUUUUAGCAGAACUCCAUACCUGGUGCAGAUAUUGAGUCAUUUCUCCUUCAUUUGGUCAUUUGGGUCAGACCCAUAGAGAACCUGAGCAGAUCAAUGAGUCUGAGCUUAUGUGAUUUUCUGAUUCUCUUUUGUGCCUUUUCCUGCUUGACAGACUGCACUUUUUCAUAUUUGGGAGUGAGGGAAAGAUCUCUGAAUUUGCAUUGCCUUGCACCACCACUGCCAUGCUUGGGUACUCAGACCAAAAAAUCCUGGUGCUUUGAGAGAAAGGGUGUCCAAGCUCUGCUGAGCAUCACUGAAGAGCCACAGUCUGCUGAGCUGUCUGCAAAGAGAGGAAUGUGUUGUAGGGGAGCAGAUUCCCCUCUCAUGGACCUUGUCUGUCUCCUUCUUUCCUUCCCAUGUAAGCCUGUCUUUGUCUUGCUGAUGUGUUGGUGUUGGUGUCUCCCUGUAGUGGAGACCAUGGCAGAGCCGUCAGAUGAGCCCUGAAGUAAACCUGGAUGCUUCUCUGGGAUUUGUAUCAAGAUCUCAGUAAAAUGGGGCAAUGGUUCAGACAGCCAUGCCUAUACCAGGUUUAAUCUGUGAAGUUUUUCUAACUUCUAAAAUCUUCUGUGAUCUCUAUACAGUGCCAAAGAUUCUCCUGUAGUUGCAUACUUACUGCCAGCAAUGCCUAGAGCUGCUUGCUUGUGGUGGCAGCUGAAAACCACUGUGCCAGCGGGUGUCUCCAGCUGGAAAACCAGCUUUUUCAUCAACGGCCUCCUGGAGUUGCUCUGGAUAAAACUUAAUCAGGAUCUGACUUAUACAUUUAGCUCAGAUGGCCAAUUCUUUUCACAGCUCUCUCUCGUUGCUUAGAUUGCAAAAAUUUCUUGUGUUAGUCUCUUCACCCCAAAGCUGUAAAGCAGGAGGAACUUCUGGCUGAAGGAUGCAGUGCUGGCAUGAAAGUCCUGCAGGAGCUGCUCUGCUAGGCCCACCAGCAGGAGGCACCCAGCUGCCUCUGCAACUCCCCUUUCCUCUGCUGAAGAAUUUGAAGGUAACACAGACUCACCCUUGGAUGCUGAGGAAGGCUCCUGGUCCAGCACCUUUCAGCACUAAUGAGAAGCUUCCUGCAGUAUGGGAUGCAGCCUGUGUGCAGCUAUGCUUUUGUGGUGCACAUGUGCCUUUCCCAGGGAAACUCUGAGAUAAAGCAGUACAGUGAUGACGGGCACUUCCAGCAGCCAAUCCCUCUGCUGACACUGAGUUUUUAAUGUUUUUCACCCCAUGGAAACACUGCAGCAUGUUCUUUAAAUACUUACCACUUCUGCCUUACUGUGGAUGGCUGCCCAAGCAGCAGCUGAAGGGCUCUGAAUCCCCCUCUACCUCCUACAAGAGAUCAUCCGUAGCUCCCAGUGAGGGGAUGCUCUGUUAGGUCGCCUGUGUAGCUCUUCAGGUUGGUGCAAAGGCAGACUGAAGCCAACAGAUGAGGAGAGGGGAGGCUCUUUCUCACUUGUUUGUUGCUCUCAGCGACUCCAAGGAAUUAAUUGUUUCAGGCAGCAAGAAGCUGGCUGUUGUCAUCAAGAAGCCUGGUCUGAUCCUUUGUGUACCAGCAUCACAUUCAUUCCUCACACAGCCGUUCAGUGUUUGAGUCGAUGCCUCCAGCAACAUCUGUGGUUGAUCAGUUCAAGGUUCUCAUCGGAUAGUAAAACAGGAAAAGUAAUGCUGAAGAACCAAAGUGAACAGAGAAGACCCCGUGUCCUCGCUAUGGAUAACAGGAGUAUCCUGUCCUUGUGUGGGAAUAUUGUUCUGUCAACAGUGAUCACUUCUAGCCUCAUGUGGGGAAACAGGGCUGGGUGCCCAAAGGAACAAGUUCUGCAGCUGUUCUGCAUUCCCAAGCCUUUGUGUCUAAUGGGCCAGAGUAACCCCCUUCCUGGCCUCUGUUGUCAUCUCCACAUGUAUUAAAACCCUUAGCCCACAUAGUCACAGACUACAGAACUGAAGUCUUUGGGCUCUAGGGGUUUAAGUCAGACAAAAAUUAGGAAAACUAGGAGCAAAAAUGAGGUCUAGAUUGCCAAGCUCCUUCCUCCAUUCCAGGUAAAAUGUUCAUUAUGGAGUUGGGAAAUUGGCACUGAUGGGUGAUAGGUGCCUUUCAGCUGUAUUUAACUAGGCUGUAGUCCUCCUGUCUCCAGCAGGGCAGUGGGAUACCAUAAGGGAGCACAGUAACUUGUGGAGAUCAAGGGUUCACUGCUCUGUCCCACAAGCAUGAGGCGGUAAAACUACAAGCUGCAAGAACCUUGUCAGAGAAAGGGAGCCAGAGAGGUUCACCCUGCUGUGCUCCAGCCCCGGCUGCAGACCCUGCCCCAUGGCCAGAGGCAGGGGCUGCUUUGGAUUUGUUCAGAUGUUGACUGUCUCAGCCUAAUGCUUAGGCAUUUGAUGCAGCCACCUGCUUUCAUUGACGAGCCAGUUUGUAAAGCUUAUUAUUUCACUUUAAGAGACUGCAGGUGUCUUCUAGCUCCUUGCUAAAGAAGCAGAGCAUGACCUAGCAAUGAAAUUUCGGAGUAGCAUGUUACUCAUGUAAUUUCUUUCACAUUGGUUUAACACACUGACAGGUACAUUUUUGCAUGCACUUUCAAGGACCGAAUAACACAAUGGUAGUCUUGUACACAUACAAAUCUGUUACUAUAGGAUCUUGUACACACAGUCCUUGUGCAUUGCUGCAGGGUUUCUGUGUACAUUUUUCCAGAACUAUUUCCUGUUGUGUUGCUUCUCUAUUUUCCUCCUUCACUUGUUAGACUUGCUAGAAAGGCAUUUACCUUUCCCAUGGCUGUGCCUGUGAACACAGCUCUCUGCAAGGCCGAGCCAAGCUCUCGGAGUGCUCUGCUCCCAGCGUCAGGCAGGCAUGCGCUUUGGAGCGAAACGGCCUUGUCUCAAGGGGUUGAUUACAGACUCAUCCUAGUAUCUGUAUCUCUUACCGCGAAGUUAUAGUAUACAUUAUAAUUUUUGCAUUCCUGUCAUCUCUGUGGUCAGAUAAGCAGCGCAUGAGACAUAGGUAACUCAAAGUUGUUUCUGCUGAGGCAGGACCACAGCCAGCCAUGUAUAUAUGGGUCACGCUGAAGUUAUAUGAGCUGAGCAGCAGCAGCAGCCUCCUUCCUUAGCAAGUGAUGGUCCAGCUCUCUGCUGGAAAGGUUUCCUUGGGAGCAGCCUAACUGUUAAUCUUCCUGGUAGUUUGGGGAUAUCUCUGUUGUGCUGUGGAGCAGGAUGCUUCAUCACAGGGACUACAUGUCUUGCAGCUCUGCCACAUCACUCAUUCCCCUGCACUCCAUUUAACUGUAAACUUUUUGCUUUAUUUCUCUAGGUAUUAGGAUAUUUAUACCCCACAAUGUAUACAACAGCAAAUAAUACAUGUUGGAGAGCAUAAACCAAAGGGGACUAUUAGAUCACGUGUUUGAUGUGUAGUACAGGCUACAUGUCUUGCCCAGUAACUUAAAGCAUCUUCCAGAGAAGGAACUUAUUGUCUGAAACCAUGAGGAGACAGAAAAACAGUUGGUUUGUUCUAACGGUCAGUCAGUUUUCUCUCUUAAAAGCCAUAUUUCUAAACUGAAUUUUUCCUGGCUUUAGUUUUGCAGUUGCUGCCUCAUGUUUUGCCUUCUGGGCUCAUCUUAAGAGCCCUUUACUACCUGUGCCACUCACUGUGAAGAUAUAAUAUAUGCUGUAAGUUUUGAAAACUUCUUACAUCCUUCUGGCAAAAUGUAAUGGGAGACUUCAAUCUGAGGGCUAGAAAAAUGAAUUUCAGUUAUCUUUCAGACACUUUUUUCUGGGGUUUUCAAUAUGCUUUUUAUCAUAUGAACACGUGUGUUAGAUGCAAUAUUUUAGUUUUGGUCUCACUGAUGUUUUUAAAGAGAUUAAAAAUACAGCUCCUUCCCAGA